AUUUACGGCUCAACCGCCAGCAAGAUUUCUUCUCUUGUUCGAAAACCCCGACAGAAGAGCGUAGUUUGGUCAUUUUCAUUGAAGUCCUAACAGUAUCAGGACAGUGUACGCUUGUUAUCACUGUUACAAAGCAGACUGGAGAUGGAAAAGUUUAGCGGACAGUUUGGGAAGACUACCAAAAACUCAAAGAAAGUCAAAAGUGAAGAUGACUCAUCUCAUUUUCAAAGCACGGAUGAGGAGCUGCUUACUGAAUCUCUGUUGUCAGGUGGUUCAACUUUGGCGUUGUGCUCGUUAUCUGCAUGUGCAACAGGGCCUUUAUUAAGGAGUUCUACGUGUGAAGAAGCACCCACUGAAUUGACAGAGAACACUUACCAAGAGGGAUAUGCCAGUGCUAGGCCUUUAUUUGAUGGUUUAGCAAAGUUGGCUGACUAUAAUGAGGUAAUCAACCAGUUACAAGAUGAAAUUGCUGCCUAUCAGGAUCGUUGUCAUAAACUAGAGGAUGAAAUAAAUCAAUUAAAAAAUAAAGUGUCUCAAAUGGAAGAAGAGAAACAAGGACUGGAAGCUGAGGUGGGAAGACAGAUUUUCCUUGAAAGUAAAGAAAAGCGUCGCAAAAAGAUAUUUCAGCAGUCACAUGGAGAUGCCCAUGAGCCAAGUAAACUUGCUACAGCAACUGGUACAGUGAGAGGGGCAUCUUAUGAUGAAGGAAUACUUUGUGGCCCAGGUUUCAUGGAGAGAUCAGGUCAUUUUCUACAAUAUAUAAUUGAAGAGAUAUCAGACCUGCUAUCAAAAUCAGAGAUUGAGAGAAUUAAGAAUCUUGUUACACCAAUAGUGGAUCUCGACAGACUAGCCAGGAUUAGGAAAGGUUCUGAAUUAUUUAAAGAAUUGGAAUGCAAAGGAGAAUUAUCAUGUUCUUUUGUUAAAUGUCUUUUGGAAAAAAUCCAUCGUUCUGACCUUGCUGAGAAACUUGGUACUCCUUUUCACAACAGUGAUAAAUUAUUUAAAAGAGAGUGCUCUUCACCUCAGGAAAGAAAUCAGGGGUAUGAAGCAUCUGAAAGAAUUUGUGGUGUAGAUGAUAUAACUUCAAAUGAAGUGGAAGAAUGUGGAGAAAUUUCUAAGAGUGCUGCAGAUAUUGAUAAAGAGUUCCAUGUUGGCAACACUUUUGGGGGAAACUUUUGUGACAGUGAUGCUAGCACAAGUUUCUCUCCUUAUCCAUGUAAUCCAAAUAACUCAAGUUCUUUGUUAGAUAUUAAUUAUGCUGAUUCAUCAAGUGGAAGGUGGGGUUUGGCUUCAAACUGUUCACAGACUACAUCCAGCUCUGCUGUGUAUGUGGAAUCUUUGACUGAGGAUUCACUCUGUGGUGCUCCAACAAUCAGCUUAAAUUCUGAUCGUAAUGCUAUGAAGGCAAGGGAUAAUUCUGCUGAAAGUACAUUUGAUACCACAAGUGGUGGAGACGAGAAGCAUGAAAGGUCUGUGUCUUUAUCACUGACGGAAGAAAGUUUUGAAAGUGGAGAAGUGAAAGGAUGGAGUGCUGCUAAGGCAGAAGGGGGAAAAGAAGACUUGAAUAGCUCCAAUAGCAUCUGUGAUGGUGCUGUAAAUGGAUCCUAUUUGAUUCAGCGCUGUAAUACUGUGGACGUUGGUGGUGGUCCUGGUUGUACUUCAAGUAGAGCCCAAGAUAGUUUAAAGCUAAAAAAUGUAUCUGGUGUUCGUCAAGAUUCUCUCUCACCUGAAAGCAUGCCUCAAAAGCAAAAGAUAUCACAUGCAACAAGCUCUGCUCAAAAAGGUGCGGUCCAUGUUCUGUCUGAUUAUUGUGCAAGCAAUCAGUUUAAUACAUGGGAGCAUGUAGGGGCUAGACCGAAGAAUGCAACUCAGAUGCAAAAUGUUUCAUAUACAAGGAUCACUCCUCAAAAAGACUCAGCUGUAGAUCAGGCUGAUUCUUAUGUGAGCAAUCAGUCACAUGAAUGGGAGCAUUUAGGGGCCAGACCAAGAGACAGAACCCCAAAAACGGACAGUACUUCAGAUUCUUCUUCACUUUUCUCCUCAUUGGUUGACCUGGUUCCCCAACAAGUUGGAGGACCUGUGGUCCAGGGAGUGGUCAACGCAUUCUUGGCAAGACACUCUGAAGACAAACAUCUUCAUGAAAGUCUGUAUUACAACAAUGCAGAGGAGAUGUUGGCUAAGGAUAUGGAUAGCAUGAUGAACAUGAUUGACCCCAACAAAGCAAAACCAUACCUUGGUGACUGCCAGGUUGCUACAAGGUCAGAUUCAUUUUACCAACCAUAUUCUUCCGGUUUUCCUCUGAAUAGGGAAGCAUAUAACAGAACAAAUGGUGAAGAUGGCCUCCCUUUAAGAGAUGCUUUUAAUGGUAAUUAUUUACUUCCACCUGGAGCCUCGCACAGCUGUAUUGGAGCUAAUACAAGCCAAAACAGUUCUUUCAACUCAUUCAAUCCUAACUUCUUAGAUGGAGACUUUGCACUUGAUGCAAGAGAGCCUCAACCACUCC